AUACAAAUAUAUAAACCAACAGCUAGAAUUGCCCCCGACCUUGCAUAUUCUCUGCAUCACUAAGAAAUGGAUGCUUUCAUCUUCCUCGUUCUCUUCUCUUCCACCUUACUGCUGAGCGCAAAGGCUUCUGAAACCAAUUGCCCCAUGAUGCGGUGCGCUCCUGGCGCGCCCAAGAUUCAGUUUCCUUUCCACGCAGAAAGCCUGCAGCCGCCGCACUCUGUCCACCCCAGUUUCGAGCUCGCCUGCAAAGACAACGCAACUCUAAUUCACCUCCCAUCGUACGGCGAUUUGGUCAUCAAAUCCAUCUCUUACGACGCCAAAAGACUCGAUCUUCUUGACCCCAAAAACUGUGUCCACGAAGUAUUUCUCAACCUCGAUCUCUCCCUCACACCUUUUCGUUACUACUACGUUGUCAAGAACUACACAUACCUCAAUUGUUCCUCCAGGCUUCCGCCUUCUUUCACCGAGGUUCCCUGCCUGAGUGGCUCUGGACAUCAUGUCUAUACCGUAGAACCAUCUUUAUCUCUUCCAGAUUCUUGCAGGCCGGUGAAAACUGUGGCGAUUCCCUUUCUUUAUAGCCCGUACCUCUCCGAUAAUAGUUUCGGUCUUGGGUUAUCUUGGGACCUACCUGGAUUCCAAGAUUGUGAAGUAGAAGGAGGCCAUUGUGAAUUGAAGUAUAAGACACGACUUUCCAGCGUAGCAAAGGAUAAAGUCUUCUUAAGUCCAAUGAUCAGCAUCUGCAUUCUGGUCAUGGCGAUGCUGUCGGUGGCAUUUUUAAAGACGUAUCACUCCAAGAAAAUACACCGCCAGCAGGAAACGGAAGAAGCAUUAUACCCAACUGAAAUUGAAAAAUCCUAUGGAGACUAUGAUGGCCUCAAACCAGAUUCUGAUGAUCAUACAGACAAAUUAGUCAACAACAUUAAACACGAAACUGUUUAGCACUUCGAACACAAACGUUAAAUAAAGUUUUAUCAUUCUCUCAGAAUU